GGCAGCCCACGGUUGAGCUGCUGGGGCGCAGCCAGAGCUGUGGCGCGGCGGGGAGGGGCCGGCCCGCUGGCCUUGGGGAUCUUUAAAUUCUCCUGCUCUUGGGCGGCCUGUGCUCUUACCUGUUUGUCUGCAGCGAGCGCCUCACCGGUCUGCUCUCCCAAGCACUCCAGUCCUCUACUUUAGGUGGGAGAUGCUGUUGCUCGAUUGCAACCCCGAGGUGGAUAGUCUGAGGCAUCUGCUGGAGACCGGGGCCUCCGUCAACGCACCCCCAGAUCCCUGUGAGCAGUCGCCUGUCCACUUGGCCGCAGGUGGCGGCCUUGCUUGCUUUCUUCUCUGGCAGCUGCAGACCGGCGCUGACCUCAACCAACAGGAUGUUUUUGGAGAAGCUCCACUACACAAGGCAGCAAAAGUUGGAAGCAUGGAAUGCCUCAGCCUGCUUGUAGCCAGUGACGCCCAAAUUGAUUUAUGUAAUAAGAAUGGGCAAACAGCUGAAGAUCUUGCUUGGUCAUGUGGAUUUCCAGAAUGCGGCAAGUUUCUUACAACAAUUAAAUGUAUGCAGACAAUAAAACCAAGUGAACAAUCCAAUAAAGAUCAUUGUGUUCCAGUGCUCAGACAGAAACGAAGUUUUAGAAGUGAAGAAGAUACAAAUGGGAAAAGGAAGUGUUGAUGUCGUAUUGGUUAUGAAGAAGUGUGGAGAAGGUCUUCACCUCAUGCAGAUCUACUGCUCAGCUACAAGCUAUGGCUUUUGGCUCAUCAAGUGUGUCUAAACACCUUCUAAGAAGGAGGAAAACUUUCUUCUAAGUGAAGAUAACAUUCAAGAAUACAUGUAUUUACAUGCCUGUAAUGUUCUGGUUGUGCAUGCUUUGUCUUUUAAUUUAUUAGAGGUGUGUCUAAAGAAUAAA